AUGAAGUUAAAAAAAAAUGUUAGAUAUAGAAUAAUUGACUUCUGGAAUUUGCCUGGGGCUUCUCCUGUUGUUAUAGUUAAGAAAUCUGAUGGAUUUUCAAGGUUUUGCAUAGACUACUCUUGUUUAAAUUUCAUUACUCAAAAACAUGUUUAUUCAUUACCUCAUAUUGAUGAUGUUAUUGAACGUUUAAAUGGAUCUCAAAUAUUUUCUAAACUUGAUUUACGUGGUGGAUACUUUCAUGUACCUCUAGAAUAUAAAGAACGUGCUAAAACUGCAUUCAUAGCUUCUGAUGUUCUUUGGGAAUUUACUACAUUACCUUAA